AUGGGUUACUCGAAGCCGGGCAAGUCCAUGGGGGCUUCGCUCUCAACCAAGACGUCGAACAAGCUCAAGCGACAGGAGCUUUACGUGUUACAGAAGAAGGACAAGGACAAGGCGCAGCGUGAAUUGCGCUUCCGCCGAAAGAAGGAAGAAGAUAAGGACCCUGAGUUGAAAGCUCAAAGACUUGCCAAGAACAAGACCAGAACGCUCGACUCGAAACGAGUAUGGGACGAUGUCGACGACGACAGCCUGGGCAUGCAGGUGGACGUAGAGAAGCUCAAGAGGCGGAGGAUAGAAGAGGAAGAGGCGGCGGCGAACGCAGAGCUGGACCGGGAGCUGGACCAAGAGGAAGGGGACGACGAUGAUGACGCAGACAGUAUGUUGGCCUCCGACGACGACGAUGACGAGGAAGCGGCAGAGGCAAAGAAGGCGGAGCGCGAAAGGAAACGUGAAGAGAAGAGGCGCGCGCGCAGAGACGACUCGACGGCGCCCUCGACGACCAGCACGAACCUCGACCUCACGCCAUCCUCCCUCUCUCUCAAGUUCCCCUCGCUCUUCACCGACACUCCGCCGCCCGUUCCCAAGAUUCUCAUCACCACCUCCCUCAACUCGAAUCUCCACUACGAGGCCAACAUCUUCCGCACCGUCUUCCCCAACGCAACUUACGUGCCGCGCUCUGCCCAUCGCUACGGCCACAAGUAUUCCCUCCGCGAGAUCAGCAAGUUCGCCGCCAACCGCGAUUACACAGCCGUCGUCCUGUUGAAGGAGGACCAGAAGAAGCUCACGGGUAUGAGCAUCGUCCACCUCCCCACCGGCCCGACUUUCACAUUCUCCAUCACAAACUUCAUGGAGGGAAAGAAGCUGCCCGGCCACGGAAACCCUACAAACCAUUACCCAGAGCUACUGCUCAACAACUUCAAGACACCCCUUGGUCUCCUGACGGCGGCCCUUUUCCAGCGCCUAUUCCCGCCCCAGCCCGAGCUUGAGGGCCGCCAGGUGCUGACGAUUCACAACCAGCGCGACUACCUCUUCUGGCGGCGCCACCGCUAUGUUUUCCGCGAGAAGCGUGAGACGGAGAAAAACAUUGUUACAGCGGAAGGCAAUGAGAUGAAGGGUGUCGAAGGCAUCCGUGUCGGUCUGCAGGAGGUUGGCCCGCGCUUCACGGCAAAGCUUCGGAGAGUGGAUAAGGGUAUUGGCAGGGCAGGCAGCGACGGUGAUGAUGCCCAGCCAUGGGAGUGGAAGGCCAGGAUGGAGAAAGACCGGAAGCGCUUCAACUUGUAA